AUGGAUCAAGUCAUCAAAGUCAUCGUUGAGAACAUCUGUACCUUUACAUUACAGAAUGAGAUUGCCAUGGAUGAAGAUGACGAUGUUGGGCCUCAUGGGCGUGAAAAUAAUCUGAUCCCCAUCGACGUUGUUCCCCAGAGUUUAGAAACACUAGAAGGCAUACACGGGCGAGACUUAGAGCUUGGAGGAAUGUACAUACCACGGAGAUGUGCGCCAGUUCAGAGAGUCGCCAUUGUGGUGCCUUAUCGAGACAGAGUGGACCACCUCAAGAUAUUUCUGAAAAACAUCCAUCACUUCUUGAAGAAACAAGGCGUGCAAUACAUGAUUAUAGUUGUAGAACAGGCUCCAGGCUCUAGAUUUAAUAGGGGGAUGACAAGGAACAUCGGUUUCGUUGAAGGGGAAAAACUGUGUGGCUUCGACUGUUACAUCUUCAACGACAUCGACCUCAUCCCACAAUUAGAUGCCAACGCCUACAUCUGCGACGACAUGCCACGCGUUCACGCAAUUAACCUGGAGCGUUGGGAACACCGAGUUCCGCAACCGCUGGCAUUUGGCGGAGUGGUGAGUCUUAAGACAGAUGUGUUCCAACGAGUCAACGGCUACUCCAAUGUCUACUUCGACUGGGGAGGGGAGGACGACGACCUCUACUACAGGAUCCGUAAAAGGGGUUACCGCGUUGUCAGAUAUCCGAUGAAUGCUUCCAUGUACAAGGAUCUCGGUCACCCACCGUGUUUGAAAAAUCCUACAAGGUAA